AUGCUAGCAAAGUUGAAAGAAGAUGAAGCCAGAAAGGCAUCUGAAGCAGCUUCAAAAGUUGUCAAGGAGGGAUUACUUUUCCCCGUGCAAGAAAGCAUCAAUACGCAGUAUUCCAGACUUGAGGAACUGAAAAGAAGACUAGAAGCACUGAAUCCGAAUAGAUCAUCUACUUCUGUUCAGCAAACAGCUCACUCGCAGCAGCCAAUGCUAAUCAGACUUACCCGGAAAGAAAAAGAAGGGAAGGAAGAGGGAGGUAAAGAACAGGGACAGAGACCAUCAACAGCUGAAGGAGAAUCAAAAGCGAGAAAGAAACCACAGUUUCAAGGAAGGGGAAGAGGAAUUGGAAUCACGAACAGCAAAGGCAGAGGAGGUUGGACAGGUGCUGGAUUCGAUGUCGACGGUAGAACUUAAAACAUUGAAAUAUUAUAUACAUCCGAAAAGACGCCUUUUCCAAUCUGAAUUACGUCGCAUGUAUUGUUACCAAGUAAUUUAUCUUCACCUUUUAGCAUCAGAGGACAUGUAGCUUCAUGUAGCUACAGAGACCUAUGUUUUACUGAAAAGAAAAACCUUUUAAUCAUUUGUGGCUUCUUUAG